AUGGAGGACGAAACCCCGAGGAGGACUCUUAGAUCAAGGACCGCGAAAGGGGAGGCUCCCGAAGAUAAGCUGGAGGAAGAGCCGGGGCGAGUUCUUGAUCGGGCACUCCGGAGUCGCUCGGCUUCGGUGAGCUCUUGCCAGCAUUCUAAAGAGGAACGCUCGUUUUUCGGGAAAAUAGGAGACAGACUUGGGGUGCUCUUGGGACCACUGCCACUGGACCCGGUAUCGGCCUCCCCGUCGGGGCACUCAGUCAACAAUCGAUCGGCCGAUGUAACGAUUGAUAUUGAAAGCAGCGACGAGGAGACUUCGGAGCAUUCGAUUGCAACGCCAAAGCCAACGAGCGCAUCACUAUCGUCAGCAGCGGCAUCACCAUCACCACCGCCGGCUACGCCGAUCUCUACAUUAGUAAUCGGGCGCACGAUGGCGAUGGACGAGGGUCGAACUACCCCAGAGAGAGAUGGUCUCGUUGAACAGGGCGCAUCGGCCCACCUGGCAGCAUCAUCGGCCGAACCUGAAGCCCACAGAGGGCAGGAUUCAGGGGUGAUGGCAGACAUGCUGGCCGUCAUGCGGGAGGAGUCAUCGCGGAACGCGACGGUCAUCGCUGAACUGCGGGAGAUGCUCAAGGAGUUGCGAGAUGACAACCGUGAGCUCCGGACCCAGGUUAGCGUCCUCACCCAGCAGCUGGCGACCAUGAAAAAUGAGCAGAACGAGCAACUGGCGCAGACCAUUAAACAAGGUGCUGCAACAAUCAACAACCUGCCUCGCCGCAAAGCAACCAGCAGCCAGCAGAAGAAGGAGAAGCCGGCUCCGAAAGAAAAGCCUCAAAGGAGCCAGCAAAUAGAUCCGCAGCAGCAGUCGAAGCCUCGGCGGCGGGAGAACCCGGAUCAGCAGCGGCAGCGGUCAAAGCAGCAGCAGCAUCCGCAUGGGCAGCAGGGUCGGCAGCAGCAGCAUGAGAAGCGGCAGCAGCAGCAGGAAGAUGGGUUUACGAUGGUUGGCAAGAAAGGCCGCCCGGUUGAUAACAAACAAGGGCAUGACCAACACACCAACCAAGAAAAACCCCAGGUCAACAAAGGCAGGAGAAUUGACCAUCAGAGUGCUCCGAAGGAAAAGCAGAGCUUCGCCAGUGUAGUAGAAGUUUGA